AUGCCACCCUCUCAAGAACUCCCAACAUAUCCCACCAUCGUUCACCACCAAGAUCCAUCUGCUACCAACGACGUUCACCACCACCAUUUGUCUGCCAUCAUCGCCAUUUACCACCACCAUCCGCCUGCCACCGUGUUCAGAUGUAACGGUGGGACGAUGGUCGUUGAAGAAACAGAUGUGAAGGGUGGUUAUUGGUGGUGCGAAGGAGAAGCAUGGGACGAUGAAGCCUGCAAUAUUGAUCCGGUAGAGAACACGAACAAUCAAAAUCAAAAGCUUGUGAUCUUCAUAAAGAUUUCAAGAACACUCUGUUCCAUGGCGACUGAAGCUUCAGAUUUCAAAUACGAAGAGGAAUAUAUCGUGAAUUCGAAAGGAUUGCAGAUAUUUACGUGUCGAUGGCUUCCUAUUGACACUGAACCAAAAGCUUUGAUCUUUCUUAAUCAUGGCUACGCCAUGGAAUGCAGUGUCUCCAUGAAAGGAGCUGCUUUAAGGCUUGUGAAAGCGGGAUUUGCAGUUUAUGGGAUUGAUAAUCAAGGACAUGGGAAAUCUUCUGGGCUUCAGGGUUAUAUCCCAUCUUUUGAUGAUCUUGUAAACGAUUGUUCGGAUUUUUUCACAAGCGUUUGUGAAAGGAAAGAAAAUAAAAGAAAGAUGAGAAUAUUGCUUGGAGAAUCGAUGGGAGGGGGAAUGGUUCUCCGAUUACAUAGGAAGAACCCAGAGUAUUGGGAUGGUGGAGUCUUGGUCGCACCCAUGUGUAAGAUUGCAGACGACAUCAAGCCCCCUCAAUUCGUAAUUAACGUGCUAACAAAACUUACAAAAAUAAUUCCAACAUGGAAGAUUGUACCCGGUAAAGAUAUUAUCGACGUUGCUUUUAGAGAUCCUAAAAUCAGGGAAGAGGUUCGUAAUAACCCGUUAUGCUACAAAGGGCGAUUUCGUCUAAAGACCGCCAAUGAGCUGCUAAAUGUUAGUUUAGACCUUGAAAAUAGACUCCAAGAGGUAACAUUUCCAUUUUUUGUUGGUCAUGGAGAAGCAGACACAGUGACUGAUCCAUCAAUACAGUAUUUGCAGAUAUUAUUGGCUGGAUUGAUGAGAGAAUUUCAAAUGGUAACUCUAGAUUGGAGAGAGAACAAAAACAUGCAAAUGAUGAAUUUGAUAGCUCAAGCAAAACAAGUGUCCUAA